AUGGGGAGAAAGAAAAUACAGAUCACACGAAUAAUGGAUGAACGGAACAGACAGGUCACCUUUACAAAGAGGAAGUUUGGAUUAAUGAAGAAGGCAUAUGAGUUGAGUGUACUCUGUGACUGUGAAAUAGCACUCAUCAUUUUUAACAGCUCUAACAAACUCUUUCAGUAUGCCAGCACUGAUAUGGACAAAGUUCUACUUAAAUACACAGAAUACAACGAGCCCCAUGAAAGCAGAACCAACUCAGAUAUUGUUGAGACCUUAAGAAAGAAAGGCCUUAAUGGUUGUGAGAGCCCUGAUGCUGACGAUUACUUUGAGCACAGUCCACUAUCGGAGGACAGAUUCAGCAAACUAAAUGAAGAUAGUGAUUUUAUUUUCAAGCGAGGCCCUCCUGGCUUGCCUGCUCAGAACUUCUCGAUGUCGGUUACGGUUCCAGUGUCCAAUCCCAACACUUUAACCUACAGUAACCCAGGGAGUUCCCUUGUAUCACCCUCGCUGGCAGCCAGCUCCUCCUUAACAGACACCACCAUGCUCUCCCCUCCUCAGACCACCCUGCAUCGCAACGUAUCACCUGGGGCCCCUCCCCAGAGACCACCAAGUACUGGCAACGCAGGUGGAAUGCUGGGGACCACUGACCUCACAGUGCCAAAUGGAGCUGGUACCAGUCCAGUGGGGAACGGGUUUGUGAAUUCUCGAGCUUCACCAAGUCUACUUGGAACUACUGGUGGUGGGAAUGGCUUAGGCAAAGUCAUGCCUACAAAGUCUCCACCUCCACCUGGAGGAGGUAAUCUUGGAAUGAACAAUCGCAAGCCUGACCUCCGUGUUGUCAUCCCACCUUCCAGCAAGGGUAUGAUGCCACCAUUGAAUGCCCAAAGGAUAAGCAGUUCUCAGUCUACACAGCCUCUGGCUACCCCUGUGGUGUCUGUGACGACUCCGAGCCUGCCUCCCCAGGGACUGGUGUAUUCGGCCAUGCCCACUGCCUACAACACUGAUUACUCCUUGACUAGUGCAGACCUGUCUGCCUUGCAGGGAUUUAACUCCCCAGGAAUGCUGUCCCUCGGGCAAGUGUCUGCCUGGCAACAGCACCAUCUCGGUCCAGCCGCCCUCAGCUCUCUCGUUACUGGCAGCCAGCUAUCUCAGGGUUCAAAUUUAUCCAUUAAUACCAACCAAAACAUCAACAUCAAAUCUGAACCAAUUUCCCCUCCCCGGGACCGUGUCACUCCCUCUGGGUUCCCGCAGCAGCAGCCCGACAGCCUCAGCAGCUCCAGCAGCUCCUACGACGGCAGCGACCGGGAAGACCCCAGGAGUGAUUUCCAUUCUCCUGUGGUGCUGGGAAGGCCGCCCAAUUCCGAAGACAGGGAGAGUCCGUCGGUAAAACGAAUGAGGAUGGACACAUGGGUGACAUAAACCUGCAGUGUUGCCUCCUCCCUUUGGUGUUCUCAAAAUGAACUGUCCUGACAUAUCUAAAUUUAUAAAUAAGGACAUAAGUAUAUUUAUAUGUAUAUACAUACGUGCAUAUAUAUAUCUUCACAUGCAUAUAUAUGUGCUAGUGUGUGUAGCAUACACAGAAUCAUCAGGCACUUACGACAAACUUCUUGUAUAGCUGCAGAUGUCCCAUGGUAAAAUGUAACAGAACAAUCCUGUAGGUAUUGAUCUAGUCCGGCACUUACCUGGAAUUGUUGUUUUAAUAAUAUAACCUGUUUUGCAGAGAAACAUUGUACCCGCAUUAUAAUCCUACCACACUAGAUUGCAGAAACCAAGAGGGCUCGCCUGUAGUCAUGUCCCUGUGUGUUUUAUUCAAGCUGUAUGGUUACUUGUAGUUAAGAAAUAAUGCUUUGUAGCAGCAGAGCAGUAGAAAAGCAGGAAGAAGAAAGCAAUACUGUACAUAAAAUGACCUUUAUAUUACCCAACCUGGCAUGGGUCUCUAUUGCAGAGGGUGCAUGGAGAAGGGCUGAUGCUGUAAGAAAUAAAAAACAAAAACCCUGUUUUGCACGUGCAAAAAAAAUAAAUAAAUAGUGUAUUGGGUCAAAGAAGUGAUUUUUUUAAUGAGUGAAAGAGAGACAUAGAGAACUCGCAUGAACUAUUCAGAAAAUAUUAGCCUAGAAAAUAGAACAUUAACAAAGUAAAAUUAAUAUAUUAAGUUAUAAUUGGAAGAUGUUUGACAAAUUUGUUUUUACGUUCAUACCUUUGAAAAAUAUAGAAACGGAUUUUAGCUCAUGUAUAUUUUAUAUUAAAGAAAACAAUACCCUAAUGAAUUGAAGACUAUAUAUAAAGUUAUAUACAGUACUUUUGAACACAUUCUGCUAUGAAUUAUUUAUAUAAGCCAAAGCUGUAUGUUGUAGCUUUUUUGUAGAGUAUAGUUUUAUCUUAUUUUGACUUUCUAGUUUUUGCUUUCAAAGAUGAAAAGGAAAAACUUGCAGGCGGAACCUUGGGGGAAAAAAAAGCCAUGAACACUUAUAUGUAAAUUUAAAUUUGAGCCAAACUCUGUGUAUAUAGCAUCCUAAAUAUAUUAUCACCUUUGGUGUAAGUACCUACGUAUUGUACGUUCACCAGAUUAAAAAGUAUAUUUUUGUGGAUUGACGCCGACUUGAAAAAAGGCGAGGUCCUUAUUAAGUAGAGUAUUCACUGUUUAAUAUUUACUAUUUUGUUAAAUAUACUGUACUUUCUUUGGAUUUUAAUUAUUAUUAAUAUUAUUAUCCAGAUUUUUCAGAGGGUGUAUAAAGGGGUUGUCCCCUCACUGGUGGUGAAUGUGUGCCGUUAAAUUGUAAUCUCUGUGCUGUAUGGUUAAGCUUCAUUAUACAUUUUAUAUAUAUGUAUAUAAAUAGCAAAGUGGCAAAAAAAAAAAAGGUGUAAGUUCAUCCUGCAUAAAUAUAAAAAAAUCUGUUACAACACAUUUUAAGGCAUCAUUUUAAAGCUG